GAAAAUGUAGUUUGUGUUCUUUUAUUUCCUUCUCUUGACUUCUCUAGAUCGCUUCGUGUGCCCUGUCUGUCUCAACUUCCCUCAACCAUCAGAUUUGUUUUGAUUAAAAUGAAGUAUGUAAUCUUGAUUUUGGGAGAGCAAUAUGAUUCACACAGGCAAUAAUAACUCAAGUAAUUUCGAGAUGGGCCCCGGAGAUAGUGAAGCAGUGGAAUGCAAGUGUGGUAUGCCUCUUUGCAUCUGUGUUGUUGCUCCACCCAAAACCUCUAACCCACAGGCUACACGGGCUCCUCCUAUGGCUCUUCCUCAGUCAGAUCCCAAACCAAAGUCUGACACUUCAGCUAAAAGUAAAGGUUCCACUUCCAGCACCAAUGCUAGACCAGACAAGCCCCAAAAAGACUAUGAAGUCACUGGGGAGGGAUUAAGAGAAGCAAUUAAGAAUGGUGACACUGCUGGUGUGAAAAAGCUUCUGAGUGAGGGCGUGGACGCAAAUUACCAUGACAAGCAGGGAAUGUCAGUGCUUCAUCUGGCGGUUCUGUUCAACCAAACUGAUAUUGCGUUGAUGUUAAUGGAACAUGGAGCCAGCCUUGACUACAAAAAUGCACAAGGAGAAACACCACUAGAUUGUGCUCCUGCAACACUGCAAUAUAAGAUGCGGGAAAAGAUGAAGUCGACUUAGUAUGAAUUGAAUUCAAGGCAGAGUUACAAAUCUUUCCUCAAAAGUCUGUAAAGGGCAAAUCAAGGGUCAUGAAUUUGCUUGUAAGACAUCAAUAUUGACAUUCUGUAUGCAAUUUCUCGUCUUGUGUGAACUUUGAAACGUCGGCUUCUUCCACUCUUGUAAGUCUUCUCUAUGUGUUAUCCGCUGUCACUGUUGUCAACAAUUACAAUAUCGCAACAUAUACAGAGAAACACAUUAUCAA